UGACGUCAUCACGCACUCAUUGUUUGGUUUCCCCGCCGAGCCGACAUGGCAGCGACGGUGAGCGACAGUAGACCAGGCGAGCAGCCGGCUGAAGGAGAGGAGGACGCGGACAGGUCGAUGCUGAGGGCCGACAGCGGGAGCGGAGACGACUCCAUGGACAGCCUCGCUAACCACGUUCCCUGCUGUCCCCUGACGCCGGCGUUGUCGCCACGAAAACGGACCACCAGCCAGUCCAAGACGGAGCCCCCCCUGCUGCGGACCAACAAGAGGACCAUCUACACUGCGGGCAGACCGCCGUGGUACAACGUCACCGGGACCACCUUCAAAGAGGCCUUCGUCAUUGGUCUGUGUGGAGGAAGUGCCUCAGGAAAAACCACAGUAGCCAAUAAGAUCAUUGAAGCGCUGGAUGUUCCCUGGGUGGUUCUGCUAUCGAUGGACUCCUUCUACAAGGUUCUGAAUAAAGAACAGCAGGAGCUUGCGGCUAAGAACGAGUACAACUUUGAUCACCCCGAUGCCUUCGACUUUGAGCUGCUGGUGUCCGUCCUCAGGAAGCUGAAGAAGGGGAAAAGCAUCAAGGUGCCGGUGUAUGACUUCACCACCCACAGCAGGCGCAAGGAAUGGAAAACAGUUUAUGGAGCCAACGUGGUCAUCUUUGAGGGCAUCUUGGCCUUUGCCAACAAGGAGCUCCUGAAGCUUCUGGACAUGAAGGUGUUUGUCGACACAGAUUCAGACAUCCGCCUGAUACGCAGGCUGAAGAGAGACGUCUCUCAGCGCGGACGCGACAUCAACGGCAUCAUCAAACAGUACAAUAAGUUUGUGAAGCCGGCGUUCGAGCAGUACAUCGAGCCAACGGUGCAAGUGGCCGACAUUGUGGUGCCCAGAGGCGGAGAAAACUUUGUAGCCUUAGAUUUGAUUGUUCAGCACGUCCACAGCCAGCUGGAGAAGAGGAAGCUUCGCUGGGAUAUGUCGGCCCUCGCCUCGGCUCAUCAGGGUCAGCCUUUACCCAAAACCCUCAGCGUGUUGGAGAGCACGCCUCAGGUCCGCGGCAUGCACACAAUCAUCAGGAACAAGGAGACGAACAGAGACGAGUUCAUCUUCUACUCCAAGAGAUUAAUGAGACUGCUGAUAGAACAUGCCCUCUCCUUCCUGCCUCUCAAGGCUGUCUCAGUGGAGACGCCCCAAGGCGCCACCUACGAGGGAAAGAGGCUGAGCGGUCAAAGAAUCACUGGCGUUUCUAUCCUGAGGGCCGGAGAGACCAUGGAGCAGGCCCUGACGGCCGUCUGUAAAGACAUCAGACUGGGAAAGAUCCUGAUUCAGACCAACCACGACACGGGAGAACCUGAGCUUCACUACCUUCGCCUGCCGAAGGAGAUCAGCGAAGACUACGUCAUCCUGAUGGACAGCACUGUCUCCACCGGAGCUGCUGCGCUCAUGGCUGUCAGAGUUCUGCUGGACCACGAUGUGGCCGAGGACAAGAUCUUCCUUCUCUCCCUGCUCAUGGCAGAGAUGGGCGUCCACUCGGUGGCCUACGCUUUCCCUAAAGUCCGCAUCAUCACCACCGCUGUGGAUAAGGAGGUCAACGACCAGUUCCACAUCAUUCCAGGAAUUGGUAACUUUGGGGAUCGUUACUUUGGUACAGACGCUCCCUCAGACGUUUGUGAAAGCGAUGAAGGGAUGGACUUCUGAGGAGGGAAUCGCUGUGAAACCUGCAGCUUAAAAAAAACGGCUUCCUCCUCAAUCUGCUCGACUCAACCAACCGAGGCGCUCUAAACUCGCUCCUGCUGGAUCCCGCAGAGCGAGCUUGAUGCGACGGGAAAUUUGCUUUACGUGCGUACGGUCGCAGCAGCGAUAAAAAGGGACCGGAGUGAAACGGUUCCUGUCCUGCAGGGUUACCGCUGGCUCUGAAUCAUUUCCGCACACUUAACGGCCCCGCCUGGUUUUUAAGAUUUUCUUUUAAAUCAUGUGAAAAAUCUCUCCAGCGAUGCUUUAAAGUUCCUUUUAUGUAUUUACUAAAGAGCCUUAAAAUUGGCAAUUAUCAGAAUAGUUUUGCACUUUUUGAGGCCACAUUGUAAAUAAAUUAAUUUAUUCUAAAUUCUGCAAAGAUCAAAUUACAUCUGUGCUCAGUUUUGAUUGGAUUUGACAACAGUCGGCGUUAAUCUAAUGUUUUGCACUAAGAUGUUGAUUGAAUGAAUACAAGGCAACGUUUUUAUCUGUGAAGAUAAACGUCUAAAUUUAAGAUAUUGGUGCAUUGCUGGCAGAGCGAUUAGAUGUCGUUAAGGCUGAAGCUUCCUGGAAGAAUCGGGGCACACAUUAAAUUGUUCUAAAUGUUUUUAUCUCAGGCAGCUUUCACCAAAAGGGACGCCGAUCAUAACUACUUGAAGACUAUUAUCUCACAAUAGAAUGAAAAGGUCAAAUAUUAAACAUUUUCUUUCUUACAUUGUUUUUUUUAUUUUACUCCACAAACGUUAAUAUCUUAAAAAUAUUUGCCUGAAAAGGCUUGAUUUUUUGUUUGUUUUUGUCUAACAAUCGAUCAGGUCUAUAUUUAAUGCCAUUUAUGGGAUACAGUGGGAGUUGAUCUGUCAGGCUCAGGCCGUGUUUGGAAAACUGGCCCUUAAAGGGACCUGUCCAUGCUGCUGUUUAGCCACGUUUUACAUAGUUAUUUAUUUAUCUCGUUUACAAGAUGCCACACAUCAUUCAUUUAUAUGAAUCAAGGGUUUGUUUUUGAAGGAAUAUAUUCAAUGCAGGUCAUUUUAAAAGAGCGUUCCUAAGUUUAAGGUCAGACCAUUCCUCUCUUAGUUGUACUCAUCUACAGAUUUAAUCCAUCUGUAACCGAGUAUAUGCAAACCUUCGAGUUCAUAACUUAGAAUAAAAUACAUUUUACUUGAAAUAAUUUUCAGCUGUGACUUGUUUGGACACUGCUUACCUCAUACUAUAAUGUGACUGAAAAACACUGCGACCAGUAUUCACCUUUGUUAUCCAAAAGGAUAAACCUGCUUUGGUAAUUGGUAUGGUUUUAUCUUAAACAUUUGUAUUCACGGUCAUAAAUAAAUAUUGACUCUGUCUCUGUAAUUGUCUCUUUGGUUAAACAAUGAAUAAAUACUAAAAAGUGAAAAAAGUA